AUCAUCGUCAUCGUCAUCGAUCCGCUUUUAACGGCAAAACGUGCGGCAGGGCGCCACCGUACGGGUCAGAACACCACCGACCUUCGGAAUGGCUCUUCAUUUCCAAGCACCCUCGCCAAGUGGCAGAGCCCACGUUGACGUAACUGACAGGGUAGUGUACGUGUUCGCCCUUGGCAGGCACGGGGAACGAACACCGCUUACCAACUGUUCGAAGCUCGUUAAGACUAAUCCUGAAGGCUACGGUGAACUGACAAAAGCAGGCCGGAAGCAGUGCAAGAAUCUGGGCAAGGUGAUCAAGGCACGGUACCCGAAUCUUCUCAAGGGUCAACCUGGCGAAGUACGAGCUACAUGCAACAAACAACCUCUAUCCUUACAAAGUAUUUGUCGGAUAUUAAAGGGCCUCGGCUACAAGGAUGUAAUACCUGUCGAGGAUGCGACUGACUACGGCAGCCUUGAGACAUCGGCCUUAAUGAAAAACUAUACUUCAGCAAUGCAGGAGCAUUGCUUAGGUCAGUUCAAAACCAUUGGAGAAAUGGUGGAUUACGUGGUCAAGAACUCGGGUUCGCCGACGAAGCCAGAAAAGGCUGUGGCGCAGUCACUGGACAGUAUCGUAACGCACGUCCACAACGGACAUCCCAUACCCAAGUGGGCUGAGAGUCAUUGGCAAGAAAUUAUCUGGGCCGACGACCGGCUCUUCAAAAUGUCCUUGGUUGGGGCGAAGAAACGCAUUGCGGCCUACGCCAUGACGCACCUGCUGGAGACGCUGGAACAGAAGUUCGAGAGCAAACGGCAGCUUCCAGAUAAGAUCCGUAUAGCCCUGGCUGCCACACGUUCGUGGAUCACAGCCACGGCAUUGGUGAAGAAGAAGCACAAGGAGGAGAGGGCAGAACACAGAUGACCGUGACCAAACGUGACGUCACGAUUGGUCACGUGACAUUGGAAAACGUAUUGCCACACCGGAGUCACAUAAUAGGAAGGCAUGCCAUGAGUUGUUGCGGUAUACGUAGAAUUACGAGAGGAAAUUGCAAAAACGCACGCACCUGCCUCGCCCUGGUCAAUCUCCAUUGUGGCUAAUGGACAGAAGAUUCUCCAUGGGAAAGAAGAAGAAGAAGUCCUUAAGAACCCCAUCGCCAUUGGUACGUAGCGUGCAACGUAAAACCUUGGAGCGCAUAUCAUAUUCUCGAGUUUUGCGCCAGAGCAACAUCCUGGUGUUUGGCAGCGGGACCUGCGUCAUAACCAGCGGACCACAAACCACCAAUGGAACAUCAUGCUGGUUUCCGAACACUUCCAGUCAGUGCCAAAGCCCACAUCGAUGUAGCUCCGAGGGUAGAAUACGUGUUUGUUCUUGUCAGGCACGGCGAACGAACACCGCUUACCCACUGUUCGAAGCUCGUUAAGACUAACCCUGAAGGCUACGGUGAGCUGACCAAAGCAGGCUUGAAGCAGUGCAAUAAUGUGGGCAAGGUGAUCAGGGAACGAUACCCGAAUCUUCUCAAGGAUCAGCCUGGCGAAGUACGAGCUACUUGCAACAAACAACCUGUGUCCCUUCAAAGUUGUCGUCGCAUAUUAGAGGGCCUGGGCUUCAAGGAUGUAAUACCUGUCGAGGAUACGACUGACUACGACAGCCUUGAGACAUCGGCCUUAAUGGAAAACUAUACUUCAGUGAUGCAGGAGCGCUGCGUAGGUCAGUUCCAAACUAUUGGACAGAUAGUGGACUACGUGGUCGAGAACUCGGGGUCGCCGACGAAGCCAGAAAAGGUUGUGGCGCAAUCCCUGGACAGUAUCGUAACGCACGUCCACAACGGCCAUCCCAUACCCAAGUGGGCUGAGUGCCAUUGGCCAGAAAUUAUCUGGGCCGACGACCGGCUCUUCAAAAUGUCCUUGGUUGGGGCGAAGAAACGCAUUGCGACUUACGCCAUGACGCGCCUGCUGGAGACGCUGGAACAGAAGUUCGAGAAGAAAGGGCAGCUGCCAGAUAAGAUGCACCUGUUCACGACCUUGGACAUCGUGGUGUUUUCCUUCAUCCGGCUGCUCUGUUCGACGUGUGACCAGCGUCCGCCAUUCUGCUCAGCCUUCUUCUUUGAGGUCUUCCUGGAGAACGAUGAGCCCAGAGUGCACGUCAUGUGCUACACCGACAUAGCACACUCGUCCAUAGAGCUGGACAAUCUCCCCAACCCGUGUACUGUCCAUGCACUCACGCAGGAACUUCACAGUAUAUUGAGGAAGAUCGAGGAACGAUAGCACUUCUGGAAUGGCGACAGCCAUCAGGCAUAGAAAAUAAAUACGUAAAUAUCCCACUAAGUAAGUUGUUUGGCUACU